AUGCCAAGAGGUAUAAUAACGCUCCAGCUGGGCCAAUGCGGCAAUCAGAUUGGAUUUGAGUUUUGGAAACGGCUUUGUCUCGAACAUGGAAUAUCACCGUCGGGGAUGCUGCGCGAGUUUGCGAGCGAUGGCAUCGACCGGAAGGACGUGUUUUUUUAUCAGGCCGACGACGAUCACUACAUACCGCGGGCGGUUUUACUCGAUCUGGAACCGAGAGUCAUUCACUCGAUCAUGGCUUCGCCAUACGCCAAGUUGUACAAUCCAGAAAACGUUUACCUGUCGAAGGAUGGCGGUGGUGCCGGCAACAAUUGGGCAUCGGGGUUUAGCCAGGGCGAAAAGCUGCAUGAGGAGGUGUUCGAUAUCAUCGACCGAGAAGCGGACGGAAGCGACAGUUUGGAAGGAUUCGUGCUUUGCCACUCCAUAGCCGGCGGUACCGGAUCCGGUAUGGGGUCGUACAUCAUGGAACGGCUGUCAGAUCACUUCCCGAAGAAGCUCAUCCAGACGUACAGUGUGUUUCCGAAUCAGGACGAAAUUAGCGACGUAGUGGUGCAGCCGUACAACAGCCUGCUAACGUUACGCCGCCUGACUAGCUGUGCGGACUGUGUGGUCGUACUGGACAAUACCGCACUGAAUCGAAUCGCGACCGAUUGGUUGCACUUGGAGAAUCCCAGCUUCUCUCAGAUCAACACGCUCGUCUCGACCAUCAUGUCCGUCAGUACGACCACACUGCGCUAUCCGUCUUACAUGAACAACAACCUGAUCGAGCUGAUCGCUCCGCUUAUUCCGACGUCGCAGUUGCACUUCCUCAUGACCGGCUACACGCCGCUGACGACGGAAUCGGACACGCAAUCGGUACAAAAAACGACCGUGCUGGACGUGAUGCGCCGGUUGUUGCAACCAAAAAACAUGAUGGUAUCGACCGGGCCGGACAAAACCAACCACCACCGGUACAUAUCGAUUCUGAACAUCAUCCAGGGAGAGGUGAACCCGUCGCAGGUACACCAAUCGAUUCAGCGUAUUCGCGAGCGCAAGCUGGCCCAGUUCAUACCGUGGGGCCCUGCCAGCAUCCAGGUGGCGCUAUCGCGUAGCAGCCCGUAUGUUCAGAGCAGCCACCGAGUGUCCGGCUUGAUGUUGGCGAACCACACCAGCAUCUGCUCGUUGUUCGAGCGCGCGUUAGGCCAGUACGACAAGCUACGGAAGCGUGGCGCUUUCUUGGAUCAGUUCAAGAAGGAGGAUAAGUUCAAGGACGAUCUGAGUGAGCUGGACGAGGCACGCGAUGUGGUCGAUGCGCUCGUGCAGGAGUACGAGGUGGCGACAAAGGAGAACUAUCUCAGCUGGCACGCGAGUCGGGCGAACGGUGGCGGUGGUGUCGGCGUAAACUAAUGGCCCCGUAUUGCCUGAUCCCAGCACACUAACCAGUAUAUUUGCGGUUUGGAGGGAAUGUUUUUAAUUAUUUCGUUACACAAGCCGUUCGUUUGAUAUAGCAAAAGCACAGUGCAGUACUGUAUGCAGCGGAUGUGGAACAAGAAGCCGGUGCUCUCUAUCGGGGGAGAAGAAUCUGUGUUAACUGGAUGGCCAGGAAUAAAGCUCUAAUCGUU